GGGCCCGUGUGCAGCCUCCGGGGCUGCACGGAGAAUGGUCACCAGUGGUGCCACAGGCGGGACCAGAGCGUGAGUAGCCGGGACCCCGCGGGCAGGGCCUGGAGAGCCCCGCGAGCAGCUGCAGCGGGAGCGACGCGGCCGCCGGCAGGGCCUGGUUCCCGCAGGAGCCGCGGAGGAGCUCCCGCCGCCGCCUCCCACCGCAGGCGCCCCGGGGGAGUGGCUACCGCUGCAGCUGCCGCCGCCCACCCCGCCCCGGGGGCCCAGGCUGCAUCCUCCCCGGGGCUGCCCCGGAGCGGGAGCACAGCCCUCCCUGACCGCCGCGAGGGGCCGAGGCCGCCCGCCGCCCGCCCCCAGCCUCCGUUCCCAGCCGCCGGCCCGCCCAGGCCCCCGCGCCCGCUGCCCAGGCCAACCCGCCGCCGCCGCUCCGCCGCCGGGACCAGCUGCAGCUGCGGCCGGGCUCCCUCCCUCCCGUGCCUUUCAACCUUGCAGGGACUAAUUCCACUUAUCCAUACCGUAUAA